AUGGCAUCAUCAUCAUCAUCAACAGCAGCCACAACAGAAGCCACAGUAGCUGCCCCAGCAACGACAUCAUCAAAUAUCUUUUCAAAUAAUGUCAAUCCAGUCGUAAUUUGCACAGAGAAUAAUAUCAAACACAGCAGCAACAACAACAACAACAACAUGAACAACAGCAACAAAAUAAGCCACAACAACAACCACAACAACAACAACCACAACAUCAACAACACAGAUGAAUUGAUGUUGGAGGUAACGUGCGGGCAGAACACGGCCUAUCUCUACAUGAGUCGUCUGCAAUUAGGUAGCAAAGGUACAUGCGUAUACUUCGACGGGUCAUGGCUUACCCCGAACGAGUUUCAAUUCAUAAGUGGGAGAGAAACUGCCAAGGACUGGAAGCGUAGCAUAAAGCAUCACGGCAAGAGUCUGAAGGUUCUCAUAGCCAAGGGAAUCUUGCAGACGAAUCCGCUCAAGUGUGGCUGUGGCCAGUGUAGUAACGGCGGCAGCGGCAGCAGUAGUAGUAGUAAUAACAGUGGUGGUGGUAGUAGUGGUGUUACUAGCUUCAGUAAUAAUUUUAAUAGUGGUAUGAACAAUUAUAACGGUAACAUUGCUAAUUACAAUCAUCCCUUAUAUCCGAUUCCUCCACUCUAUUCGCCAUGUUGUAUUCCCCAGUUACCGUUUUACCCGCAGCUUAAUCCGGACAUCCGGAUCAUCAUGGCCGCUGCCAGAAAUCCAGUUCCGCCGUAUUUUUUCAACCAACGGGAGGCGAGCAAUUAUUAUCACCUGAAAACCGGAUAUUACGGUUACUACUUACCGACGAAUAAUAGUAAAUGCGAUUCGACCUGCCAUCCCUGUUUUUUGAAUAAUGACGUCACGAUGAUACCGUCGCCAUCUUGCACGUAUGCCAGUAACUCAAACGCCUAUAAUGGCGGUUGUAUUUCAACCAGGAAUUGUUUACCUGUCAAUUUUAGCAGUCAAAGAUGUAGGAAGGUUGAAGAAGAAAGAGGUAGUCGAAUAGGGAAUGACGUCACUCUCCAUUAAUGUUUCGAAAAAUAUGUAAAAUACAAAGUAGAUAAAAUAUAGAUAGAUAGAUAGAUAGAUGGAUAGAUAGAUAGAUGGAUAGAUAAGAUGGAUAGAUAGAUAGAUGGAUAGAUAGAUGGAUGGAUAGAUAGAUGGAUAAGAUAGAUAGAGAGAGAAAGACAACACACGCAAACACACACAUACAUACACACACACACAUACAUACAUAUAUAUAUAUAAACAUUUAAAAUGACAACUAUAUCAAUAAAAACUGAUCUGUGUAUAUAUAUAAAACUGUUGUUGUACACAUAAUGUUGCUAAAACAUUUAGUAUAUAUAUAUAUAUAUAUGUCCAUUAAUCGGUUGAAAAAUUUGAAAAAGAUCAAGUAUAUAUCAAAGGUAACGAAAUUAAUACUAACUUAAAAUUUAAAAAAGUGUUAAAAAACAGUUAAAAUCAAAAUCAAUCAAUCAAUUU